GACACAUAAAAGCAUCGGGAAACUCACAUGCUAUGCAUGUGAGUUAUUUUUUUCGCAAUUUUGAAACUUUUAAUGAAAAUAUUAGCGGGUUGCAAUUUUCCCCAAAUUUCCCAAUUAAACCGCCCACGACUAUAUUCUGCUCAAUUGCGCUGCUCAUCUCCUCUAAACCCACGACUCCUUCAUCAGCGACAAAUUUUCGCAAUUUUGCUUGCUAAUCUUCAAGGAAUUUGGGGGUUUUUUGCUCGUCACUUUCAAUAAUUUCAGGUGUCAACUUACAAUUUGCUAUACAAUAUUGUUGCUAGGUAUAUAUCUAUCAUUUUUGGUACCCUAAUAUCUCACAAUUCUCUAAAUUUCAUUAAUAUUGGGAAUUCUUUGCAUGUCUUCGAUUUUGAGUUAGGGUAGAACAAGAAUCGAUCUCUUAUUGCGAGAUUGGUGAUAGUUUUGAUUCUUUAUUCAAUUGCUCAAAUGCUCACUAGACUGCUAGAAUUACAGAUUGGACAGAGUAGCUUGAAACGCACAAUUACUUUUGCGGCAAAAGAAGGUAAAAGAUGACUUAUCGAAGCAAGAGAGCAAGGAAAAUACUUGCUGCCACAGCUAAGUCAAAUGCUACUGAAGUUGUUUCACAACCUACCAAAAAACAAGCUACUAAGUCACCACAGAAUGAGGUACUUAAGGAUGACAAAUGGGGACCUUUUUCUCCACCCAUUACCACUACAACGUCUGACCAACAACCACCUAAUAGUUUAGGAUCCAUUUGGAAAAACCCUCCUGGUUCAACAUCGAGUUCAGUCAAAGAGGCAGCUACAUCAGGUUAUCAGAAUAAAUACCCAGCAAAAGUCCCACCUAAUAUCCCACCUAAUAUUCCACAAUCAAGUAGACCAAACUCAUCAUUGAACUCCCUUUCUACUUCUCAUAAACCUCCCGAGCAAGCUGUGAGACGAGGAAUUCAGAACCUUGAGACUGGUGCUGUUAAAACUUCAGCAACAACUCUACAGAAUAAUCAAGAACAAAAAAAAGGUGGAAAAGAAUCAGAAAAGAUCUCGAAACAAUCUAAGUCUUUACGACCAAAAGCACUUCCGGAUUGGCCUCUAGACAUAGAUUUUGACGACAAGGAGGAGGUUCUAACCAUAGAUGCCAAUGGUAAUACUACAUUAGUAAGUGGUAUAAUUUUGCCAAUUGACGUUUGGAGUAAUAAUGGCGUCCAAUACUAUGUUGAGUUCAAUGAUCUAUGCCAGCCAAUUAGGAAAGGUGGACAUGUUUUGGUUAAAUUCAUUAGUAUGAUUGCAAAGAUGGAAAGUCGAUGUCCAGUUGGGGAGAAAGAUUGGCAUGCAAUCGACAAGCAUUUCAAAGGGAAGAUAGUUAAAGAUAUAAGAGAACACUUUGUGAUUCCUCCUGGUGAGGAAUAUGACAACCAAGCUCUUAAGCGUGCUAAUAAAUGUUGGAGGCAGUACAAGUAUUCUCUGAAACUGCUAUAUUACAAGCCAAAACAGAAGACAUUAGAUCAAAUUUGCAAUGAUGUGCCACAUGGAAUUACUAGUAGUAAUUGGGUAAAGUUGGUGAAAUAUUGGGAUUCGGAUAGAGGGAAAGAUAUGUCAGAAUGCGGUAAAAAAGCACGAGCCUCCCAAAAUCAGUUUCAUAGAUCUGGCUCUAAAAGUUUUGCAAACCGACAAGCUGAUUAUGUAUGGAAUAUAUAUGUCAUUUUAUAAUUACCUUGGAUGGUAUUAAGAGCAUGUCUUUUUAUAUGCGGUUGAUAUUGUUGGCUUUUCAUAUUAAAGCUCCUAUUGCUUUAUUGUUUAUAAGAAGAUGAACAUGGACAGAAAAUGAGCUUGUUAGAGCUGUGGAUUAAAACCCAUACGGGAUGAUGUUAAAGCUAAGGUUGAAGAGCUGAGGAUGAUACACCCUAAGAUGUCUGAACAAGAGCUCGAAGAUGAAGCAUUUUAGCAAACUAUGUAUGGAAUUGAGAUUCCCGAUCUUCCUGUGGGUUACGGACUAGGGGUUAAAAAGGGGGACAUUUUCGGAGUACGUGGUGUGUUAAGGAAGGAAGGUUAUGGAAAAGUUCAAAAGAGGACUAUUGUGAUGGAUAAUGUUAAAGAAGAAGUGAAUGCUUUGCACAAAAAAAUGCUACACUAUCUCAAGAAAAUGAAAAGCUGAAAGACUCAGUCGGACACAACAAUCUUCUUCUUAGAGCGCUUGUUGGACAAUUUUCUCAGAUUGUAGGUGUCGUUCGUCAAGGGAAUGCAUCUCCGGAUCUUUUAAACAAAGCAUCUGAAUUCUUAGGAAAGACAAAGCAUCAGAUUGGAAAAGACAAUGUAGGUGCAACAAGAGAAUAGGCCGAGACACUUGAGCAUCAACAAACGACUAUAUCGUCUAUAAGGCCAUCAUCUAUCUAUUUUGGGUUUUAGUCUUACAUUAGUGAUGUAUUUAUUUAGGGACAAGCUACUAUAAUAUGCGAUGUUUUUUUUUUAAAAUAAUUGUGUUGAUGUUUUCUUUUAUAAAUUUGAUAAUUAACUA